AUGAAUAAGAAAAUGAAACAUUCGGGAUCUAUUACAUUUAGAAUGCAUGAAUCGAGUUUGAUGGACUCAAUUUUAGAUUCAACUACUGCAAGAUAGCCUCAUUCUCUAUGUGAAGAUUCGAUUGCCUUCAUUUUGAUGGCCUAGAGUGCCAAUGACCAUAUAAGAAUAAUAAGAGAAAUUAUUCAAUCCACUAAAGAAACGAAAAAUAGACUUCGUCAAGGUAUCCAAGAUUUGAGAUUGAGUCUAAACAAUCUGGAACACUCUCAAUAAAGAGACAUUCUCAAUACUGAAUAUGAAUUCACAGUCAAUGUCAAUAAAUUGAAAUCUGUAACUUUGAUUAAUAUUCCUCAAGAGCCUAUUUUAUCAUAUUUAGGAUUAAAGAGAGCAGAACAAUCAGUUUGA